AUGGCUAAAUGCGCUAAGAAGGUUAGAAUCGUAGGUAAAUAUGGGACCUGCUACAGUGCCUCCUUCCAGAAAAUGGCAAAGAAAACUGAAAUCAGCCAGCAUGCCAUGUACACUUUCUCCUUUGGUGGCAAAACCAAGAUGAAGAGACAGGCUGUGGGGAUCUGGCACUGUGGUCCCUGCAUGAAAACAGUGGCUGGUGGUGUCGGUAUCUACAUCACCACUUCUGCCAGCACAGUUAAGUCUGCAAUCAGAAGGCUGAAGGAAUUGGAAGACCAGUAG